UCCCCAACCCCACUUCCACCUCCCCCUAAUCUCUUCACAUUUUUCACACUCUCUCAUUCCUACAUUUCCAUGAUUCACCAAACAAAAACAAAGCAAAACAAAACACAACUCUUUUUCUCUCUCUCUUACUCCUGACACUGUUUCACAACCCGACAAAAGCAACCUCUUCAAGUGCCUCUCCCUCUAAUAUUCCCCUAAGCCCCUCUCUCUCUCUCUCUCUCUCUCUCUCUCUCUCUCUCUCUCUCUACACUUCCACACUCACAGAACAAGUUGAUACAUGUUUUAAGCUCCCUUCAUCUUCAAGCCAAACACAGAACAAACCACACAAAAUCUCUCUCAACUCAACACCUUACACUGACCCAACAACUCCUAUCUCUCUAUAUCACAUUCAUCUCUCCAAAGUUCUCUCCUUUUUCAAAUGGGCAAGCUUGCACUAUCUCUCAACAAACUCGAAUCUCGUGGCAUAGUGUAGAAAAAAAUCUUCACUUUUUGUUUUUUCACUUUACUUUCUCUCUCUAGAAUUUGUUCAACCGGAGAAUGGCAUGCCGGAAACUGAACACCGUUAACUUGGAUCCGAACAGAAAGAGAAGUGGAGGGUUGAGAACCAAACAAGCUGGAAGAGGAUCGUGCCGUGGUAGUUAGGAUUUUGAAAAUGCAUGGUCAACAACCUUGACUCUUACCCUUUUUCUUUUUCUGUUUGUGAGUGCUAUUGUUACUUCAAUUAGGUCUGAAAAAAGUGAUUUUUUUUAAAAGUCCCAAGAUGGGUUUUUUGUUGAAAGAAGUUUUGAAGACUUUGUGUGGUCGGAAUCAGUGGUCUUAUGCUGUGUUCUGGAAGAUUGGUUGCAACAACUCUAAGCUAUUGAUUUGGGAAGAAUGUUAUUAUGAACAAUUUUCACGACCUUCCGUGCCUAAUCCGAAUGAGGAAGGAUGCUGGUUUUCUUCUGAGUUUCAAUCAUCUCAUCUAGGAAUUCAAGAGGAGGAUAGAGUCGGUUCUUUGAUUAACAAAUUGAGUGUAAAUAAUUUAGUCGUUGUUGCAGGUGAAGGUAUAAUUGGACGCGCUGCAUUUACCAAUAGCCACGAGUGGAUUCUCUUGAAUAAUUUUGCUAAAGAUGCAUAUCCGCCUGAGGUAUAUGCUGAAAUGCAUCUCCAAUUUUCAGCUGGAAUGCAGACAGUAUCAGUUAUUCCUGUGCUUCCUCAUGGGGUUGUUCAAGUUGGUUCUUUCUUGCCUAUAAUGGAGAAUAUCGGGUUUGUGCAUGAAGUAAAGAGCCUGAUUUUGCAACUGGGGUGUAUUCCUAACGCCCUUCUAUCCGAGGACUAUUCGGCUAAAUUUUCGAAUGAAAGACUUGAUGGACGUGCUACUUCUGGUGUGCCUGUGUCGGUUGAUUUGUCAGUCAUUACCUCGAAUUCCACUCGUUCCGUAGUUAAUGGCUCCAAUCACCAAAGUUAUUCAUCUCACUCACUUUGUCCGUUAAGGGGUGAAAAUAAUAGUCGUCAGGACAGGGUUGUCGUGGCUGAAGUAAUACCUUCGAAUUUUGAUUCAAGCCAGCACCAGCAUUCUGUUUCAUAUAAUGCAGUAUCUGAAUUCAAUAACUUAGCUGGUUCUGCGCCGUUUGGCCAAUCAGGGCCAUGUGAUUAUGUUAACCCUCGUGUUAAUGUGUCAAGUUCCGUAAACAUUUCUCAACUAAAAACAGAUCGAAGCCAUAACAUUAACCAUAAUAUGAGUUCUAGCAGUACUUCGUUGCUAAGAGGAAUCCCAGUGCAUGGUGGAAUGAAUAGUCUUUUGAGGACUCCAGAAUGUUCUGAGCAGAAGAUUCUUCCCGAAGUUUCAAAGUUUUCUUCAACCGAUCAAAAGAUAGACUAUAACAUGCUUCAGACUCGUAACAUUCCCUGUUUUAACGUUGAGGAGCAUGUGCCGAAUAGUAGUCUUAUCCCAGGUUUUGUCCGUGAUUGCAUUGAAAAAGACGGUACCGGUCAAUCUGCGAUGAAUCCUAAACACGAAGAAGCUUGUGGUCAACAUUCAUCAGGCGGUGACGACUUGUUCGAUAUUUUAGGUAUGGAUUUUAAAAACGAACUUCUGAAGGGACACUGGAAUGAACUGUUUGCCGAUGAACCAGAUGGUAAUGCUGAAAAUAUGGUUAAAAAGGAAACAUGUUUGAACAUAGAGGGUACAAGUUCUGAUUAUUAUUCGGCCAACAAAUCGAUGUCGGACAGUGGCAUUUUCUCUGGGAUGUCAACAGACAACCUCUUGGAUGCCGUGGUCUCAAAGGCCAAACCGACUAUGAAACAAAAUUCCGAUGACUUCUCUUGCAGAACAACGUUGACCGGGAAUAGUACCGCUUCUAUUCCCUCUCCUCUAGGAAGGAAGUUUAUGUCUAGUAAUUUCCAAGGGGGGUUGUUUGAUAUACCUAAGAAUGGAGGUAAAACGGGUGCUGUAGAAACUAGUUCUCUAAGGUCUGGUUGUAGCAAGGACGAAAACUUUUCUCAAACUACGACUUUAUGCGGUUCUCAACUUAGUUCAUGGUUGGAGAAUGGCGGCAAUCUGAAGGGAGAAAAUAGUGUUUCAACUGGAUACUCGAAGCGCCCGAAUGAAGCUUGCAAAUCUAAUCGCAAAAGGCUUAAACCAGGGGAGAAUCCAAGGCCUCGACCUAAAGAUCGCCAAAUGAUUCAAGAUCGUGUCAAAGAGUUACGAGAGAUUGUUCCAAAUGGCGGAAAAUGUAGCAUAGAUGCACUGCUGGAACGGACCAUUAAGCAUAUGCUUUUCUUGCAAAGUGUGACAAAGCACGCGGACAAGCUGAAAAAGACCGGGGAGUCUAAGAUUAUUAGUAAAGAAGGUGGAUUGGUUUUGAAAGAUAACUUUGAGGGAGGAGCUACAUGGGCAUAUGAGGUUGGCUCUCAAUCAAUGGUUUGUCCGAUUAUAGUCGAAGAUUUGAAUACUCCUCGUCAGAUGCUAGUGGAGAUGCUUUGCGAGGAACGGGGUUUCUUUCUUGAAAUUGCCGACUUAAUCAGAGGAUUAGGCUUAACCAUCUUGAAAGGGGUAAUGGAAGCUCACAAUGACAAAAUCUGGGCACGUUUUGUUGUCGAGGCAAACAGGGACGUAACGAGGAUGGAAAUAUUUAUGUCACUCGUUCGUCUUCUGGAGCAAACGAUGAAGGGCAAUGCGUCUUCAUCCAAUGCCAUUGAUGACAUGUUAGGUUACAACUCUUUACCCCAGAAGGCCUAAUAGUAUGAAAUCAAUCACUUGUUACACAGUUUCUUUCAAGUAUGGAUGUGUUGAGAGCAGGUUCCGCAAUGCUUGCCAUGACCAACAUCAAAUCCAUUCCAAGAUUUCAGGUGGUCUUAACAUUUUCUAACUGUUUCUGUUUUAAAUCUCAUAUAUGAAAUUUUCAUAUGUGAAACCAUUUUGAAGGGGACUGAGGUGUUUAGGUAGUGAAAAUCAUAACCGUAACCGUGUGUUUAUUUUUCUGGUGUUAACCGACAUAUAGUGUAUCAUGCGUUGACGCAGAAUGCAUCGAUUUUUUUAGUGCGAUGGCCGGAAGUUGGUGUUGUGAUUUAUGUCAGGUGUAUAGAUAGAUAUUGAAGGGUAUGGAAAGAAAAGGUUCAUCACGUGUUUGUUUUAGCAGUGCACUUUUUCUUUUGUUGCUCUUGUACUUUUGGUGUAACUUGAGGUUGUGACUUGGGAAGUGUUAUUAGAUUACAUGUAAAUGUUAAGCUCUUCAGUGUGGUUUGUAUGUCAUUGGAAUUAAUGAGGUUACACUGACAUUGGUAUUCGUUUAUGUAUAUUUUCACUUUUGUUUUGAA